CACAAGUCACAUCUUCAGAGCGCGCUGCCACCUUGAGCGAAUUGGCGCAAUUUAAACAAAAAUAAGGAAAAAAUCGCAAUUGCAUUCGCGGGAGGGACGCCAAAAGUAAAACCCGAAGAAAUCCGACUGCCAGGAAGAUAUAUCCCCAGCCCGCGCCAAGAUCGCUGACUCUGCUGCGAAGAUAUAGCGAAGCAUCCAAGUGCCCGCAUUGGAAUUUGGAAUCGCAAUGACGACCCCGCUGCAGACGAGAAUGGCGCUGGCCGAGAUUCCGGACCGUCUGGAGGCGCUGCGCAUGGCCAACACCCCGACGAACGCCAAUCGGAGGACUCCGGACGAGCCGACUCCGGCGGCCAUAAUAAACACGCCGAACGCCAAUGGAGGAUUGGGCUUGCGAGUGGACAAUGAUGUGAAUGUCGUGCAGGCGCAGGACUUUGUCUUCUCGCCGUUGCCCUCGCCGGAUGAACUAGUCAUCCGGCAACGCGGUCGUCGGCGCUUCACCACCACAUUUUCGCCGGAUAAGGUCAAUGGAGGCGGAGGGGCCUCUGGUGGUUCCUCCAUGCGUAGUCCCUUCCAGCGUACCCCCACCAAGAACCUGCAAUUGACCAGCGGCAUGAUCCUGCGCAGCUCUCCACGCAAGCGGCUGACCAUGGGCAGCACCCCACCAGAGCCCACGCCCAUGGAUACCUAUUCGCCCAUAAAGAUGGCCACCACCAAGCAACUCUGGCCGGGAACACCCAUAGUUAAGAAGCUGAAGAUGGAAGACCGACCGGUGGGGCAGACGAACACCGAUGCCACGCUACCUUCUCUGUUGCAGGGUCUGUCCCAGGAACAGCUAAUCGAAUUGAUCAUGAACAACCUCAAGAGUGCCACUGAUGAGGGGGAGAUUAGACGGCAGCUGCCCACGCCAGAUAUUAGUUCCCUUGAGCAGGAGCUUUACCAUGCCAAGCGGCUCAUAUUCAAAUCCCUUCCCACCUCUCGGCUGUGCAAGAAGACCGAUGCUGCUGCCUACUCCAAGGCGUCGAUGCAUCUCAACGAAUUUAAGCGGGUGCUGCAGUCGCAGGCCAAGCGGCUGCACGACUCCACCCACUGGGACGCCCUCGUUGACUACGUCACCGUGGCCUGGCAGUGUGUGGCCAGCACGCCCAACUGGGAGAGCCACGCACACAACGCGGUGCGACGGCAGUGCUUCAAGCUUUUGGCCUGCUCCUGCUAUGCGGCCAUUAAGCACGGCGGAAUGCGUUUGGGACAAUCGCGACUAGAGGCACUGGAACGCAAUUUGCGCGAAUGGUCCAAGGACUACGAAGACGUGCUGUCCUGUGUGAAUGCCUUGCAACGUACGCUUAACAACCGUACCAGCCUAUGAACACCGUGGAGACUAUAGACUUUUAAGGCCGACUUGCUGAACUCGAGGUUUAGUGGACCGAAUCUAGAAAAUAAGCCGAAAUUUAGCAACUAAGCGAACGAUAUUUGGCGCAGCAUGUGUUAUAAACUAUUUUUAAUUUUGUUCCUCGAUAUGUUGUCCUAUUUAAAAUGCACGUAAGCAAUUACAGCUUCUUUAUUUAGUGAUCUAAGCCACUCGCUAACUAAAGUCGGUUAGCUUUAUAAACUUGUAUUUAUUAACGCUUAAAUAUAUGCUUAGCAAGUAGGUUUGAUUACCA